GUCAAAAGGACAAGACAAAAGAAAUAUAUUUGAUAUGUAGCAGUGUGCAAAGUGUUAGGAACAUUUGCCGCACAUGGCAUGAGGGAGCAUCAUGACAUCACAAGUGUGGACACCAACAAAUUGCUUUCUUUGAAUCCAACGGAUUUGAACACCAGGUGCAUUAUAUUAUCAUCUCAAUGUUUUGCUUCUGAAGCUGUGGCUUGGGAGCACUUCUUUUCAACUAGUACAAGAAGGACCAACAGCUUCAUACUCUUGCUCUAGCUUCAGAGUGUGCACCCUUGCCCAAAAUAUAUAAGAAUGAGUGCAUCUGAGGUAACAAGUGAAGCAGCAGCAGUAGUACAUAUUCAGGUAAGUGACAGGCCGAGCACUGAGGAAGUAACAGCUUCAUUGGAUGAUUAUGCAGCAGAAAGAAAGAAAUCGCUGCAAGCUCGCUAUUAUUUUGGCAUCAUAUUCUUGAUAAUGAACCUUGUUGCCUGGUUUUUCCGCGACUAUGGGCAAAGCCUUCUUCUACCUUGGGUUCAUUAUAUCAAAGUUUGUGGAAAUGAAGGAGAAGAUUGUUUUCAUUCAUUGGGAGUUCUUCGUGUGAGUUUAGGAUGCCAUAUAUUUUUCUUGAUUAUGUUUCUCACCACAGUCAAUACAAGGAAAUUAUGUGAAGGUAGAAAUUCAUGGCACUCUGGAUGGUGGGAACUAAAGUCUAUUUUAUUGCUAGUAUCAAUGACACUCCCAUUCUUAUUCCCUUCGGAAUUCGUUCAAAUAUAUGGUGAGAUUGCUCGUAUUGGUGCAGGGAUUUUUCUUCUUUUGCAACUUGUGAGUGUCAUUCAUUUUAUCACUUGGUGGAAUAAGUACUGGACUCCAGAUGAAGAAAGGAAGCAGAGUUGGCACAGGUGCUCCGUUGGACUCUCUAUGUCAACUAUGUUCUAUGUUGCUGCUAUAUGCGGCGUUGUGUAUAUGUACACAUCAUAUGCCUCAAGAUCUUCAUGCUCUCUCAAUAUAUUUUUCAUCACUUGGACAGCGAUUCUGCUUCUUGUAAUGAUGAUUAUAUCCUUAAACUCAAAGGUUAACAGAGGCCUUUUAUCCUCUGGAAUCAUGGCAUCCUACAUUGUUUUCCUUUGUUGGUGUGCUAUCAGAAGUGAACCUGCCACCAUAAGAUGUGAGACUCAAAACCAAGAAAAAGGAAAUGGUGGUUGGAUAACUAUAGUUGGCUUCCUUAUUGCUAUAUUUGCAAUUGUGAUGGCAGCCUUUUCCACAGGCAUUGAUUCAAAAUGCUUUCAGUUUUCCAAGAACAAAGUUGAACAUGAAGAUGAUAUUCCUUACAACUAUGGUUUUUUUCACAUGGUAUUCUCCUUGGGAGCUAUGUACUUUGCAAUGUUAUUCAUCAGUUGGGAUCUGAAUAACUCAGCCAGGAAGUGGAGCAUUGAUGUUGGUUGGCUAAGUACAUGGGUGAAAGUUAUCAAUGAGUGGUUUGCAGCAACAAUUUACAUUUGGAUUCUGAUUUCCCCAGUUGUGAGACAGAAUAAAGUUAUAGGUGAUGAUAGAACUGUGCAGGAGAUGACUGACUCAGUGAUGGCAUGACUGAAAUUAUCAAUAUUCUUUCCUUUUUUAAUUUUUUAUAUUCCUUAUAUUCUUCAAUUCAGUUAAUCUCCAAUGAUUGAAACUUGAAAGGCAAAACCCACGAAUGAAUCAAAAUAAUAAAAGAUUUUGCUUUGGGUUAAAUAGAAGACUGAAAUAUGUUUUCCACGCUAGAAGCACCGGUUUUCAUUUCUCAUUUUAUCCUUGUGACUAAUGCACAAGCACUGACUUAAUCUUGUAUUAUUAUUGUUUUUAUUUCAGCACUAACUUUGUCUUGUUUUUUUUAUUAGCAACUUUGUCUUGUAUUAUUAUCCUCUUGUAAAAAUACUAUAAAACAAAAGGCCCGCACACUUUCCUGCCUUUUAUAGGCAAUUGUAGUAUUUAAGGCGUCUUUGAAUGGUAGUCCUCUUUUAUGU